AUGAAUGUAAAUAAUGAUAAUAAUGAUAAAUCAUAUAAUAAACGACCACACGAUGGUCAAAGUAAAGAUAAAUAUAUAGACAACAACAAUCAAUAUACAUUAAAAUCAAUUAAAUAUUCAAAUGAUAAAGAUAAAGGUAAUAGAGAAAUCAAAUUAAAAGUAAUUAAAGAAGAGAUAGAUUCUCUCUUGGAGUUGGGAUACAUUGAUAAUUUAUUAUCUAGUUUAUUAUCUGUGCGUGAUCUUUAUUAUAAACUAUUAGAGUUUAGUGAUGUUGAUAAUGAUGAUGUUGCUUCGGAUGCUAUUUACUUGAGAUCAAAGUGCGUCAAAUACUUUGGUGAUUAUCAUCAAGAUAAAUUCGUUCACUACUUUGAUGCCAUUGGCUAUACCAAGUUCAUCAUUGAUGUAUUCUUUGAUCCGUCAAGCGAUGUAUUCGGACAAAUGAUCGAUUCGUUCACAAGCAAUCUAUUCAUACCAUUAAUAUCAUAUAUUUAUGAUACGACUAUUAAUGAUAAAAGAUUUAAUGAAUGGUUUAAGAAUUUAAAUCAAUCUGAUAACAAACAACUUUUAUACAGAUUAAAUAGCUUUAGUAAGAGUUUAAAUAAAAGUAAUAAUAGUAAUAAUAAUAAUAAUGAACCAAGUAAAGAAAUAACAACAACAAUAACAUUCGAUAUACAAUCAACAAAUAAUAGUCGAUUCUCAGAUCUAAUUUUAGAAAAAAUCAUCACAUAUACACUAAAGAAAAACAUUGAUACACAUAGUAAAAUGAUUUAUAAUGAAAUUUAUAAUAGAAUCAACAAGAGUGUUCCUUGUUUCGGAUCAAAUAUACUAUCAAUGGCAUUGGUAUCAAAACAAUUCUUUAGAGUGGUUUCUAGAUAUAUCAACAACAUUAAUACAUAUUACCGUUGGGAUCAUCAUUUCAACAUUGACAAUCAAUAUUGUUUAAUCAAAUCACAACCAUUAUAUUUCGAUUAUAGAUCUAUCAGAUGUAUUCGAUAUUAUUGUGAUAUUGAAUUUGCCAAACGGUUUUUAUCAAGAGUGGAGACAUUCUAUAUCAUUUCCGAUGAGAUCGAUCAUCAAAUUGAACAAUCAGAUUUUCUCGAUUAUGUAAAAAAUCAUUAUCUCGAUAGAGAUGAAUCAUAUCGUCAAUCAGUGGUUGAUUAUAACUACUUGGUACAUCCACCAGCAAUGCCAAAUCUCAAGAACAUAAUUCUCACAGAUUACUUUGGUUACACUGAAAACUACUCCAAUCUCCUCAAUCACAUCACUACCAGUACACCCAGUGGCAAUGGAUAUGGAAUCGAAUGUUUCAUCAUCAAAAUGACUAAGGAUGAUAUGACCUGUGAACCAAGUCGACACACACUAGAAUUUCUAUAUAUACUGUUGGAUCACCAUGCAACAACAUUGAAAUCAAUAUAUAUACACUAUGAUAAUUGUGGAUUCAAAGAAAUUAAAUCUCUACUUAAAAAACUUCAACCUUAUCUAUCAACGUUGCGUAAACAUAGUAUUCAAUUCAACUUGACUAGUGCAAAUUAUUCGAUCCAAGACGAUUUUAAAGUAGCGCCAAGUGGAUUGGAAGAUAUUUGUGAUUACCUUUCAAAUAACCAUUCAAACGAUAGAAAUAUAACAAAUAAACUUAAUGUUUCUGUGGAUAUCGAAGUCGGAUAUAAUAGAUUGGUUGGAGAAAUCGAGUAUUUUGUCAUCUUGACUGAAUAG